GAGACGCAAAACUCAGCAAUAGAAUGCAGCAGGGGAACGAGCCAAAGAGAACCAGGGUGGAUAAUUCCAUCGUCAGCUCAACAAUGGGCACUGUAGAUCGUUUAUCUCAGUUGCCGGAAAUAACGAUACUUCGAAUCUUGUUUUUGCUGUCGGCGAGAGAUGCAGCUCGCACCAGUCUUUUGUCCAAGGCAUGGUGGCGUUUGUGGAGUUCUCUACCCACAGAAAAUUUCGAAUUCAGGUAUUCCUCUUUUCCACAGAAUUGCGUGCCGGAGGAAGGAGAAAAUAUGGGAAAUGAGGAAAUCUUGGACAAGUUUAUCAAAUUCGUUGAUGAUUCUUUGUUCAGGAUCCGCGGUGACAAAAUAAAGAUUGAAUCUUUCCUUCUACAUCUGCCUUACUGUGAAUCUAAAUUGCAGUCUCACAUGGAUGAGUGGAUAGAAUUAAUCACAAAGAACCCAGUUAAAGAAUUCGAAAUUUACUCUGAUCGCUGCCAUGCACAUAGCGAAUGGUAUGUUUUACCCAGGACCAUAUCUGUAGCCAAAUCCUUAUCUGCAUUGAAUUUACAAGGUCUUAAAUUGGAUGAGACCACAUUUCUGGGUCAUUCCAAGUUUCCUUGUUUGCGAAAUCUCUCUCUAUCGAAGGUUCAUCUUAGUAGAACAACGGCUGAAAAACUGUUGUCUUCUUGCCCUUUGCUCGAGCAAUUUGUACUGAGAUCAUGUCUGGGAUUUAGUCAUCUCUGUAUUCCAAAUCUUCCCAAGCUAAAGAAGGUUGAGGUUUAUUACUUGGAUGGUAUCGUUAUUGAAGCAUCAAAUCUUGAAAUUCUUGAUUGUACAAUUCUUUCUGGUAAUUUGGAGCCGGGUGCACUUCUUUGCAAUAAUCUAAAAGAAUUGAUAGUACAUUCUAACCCCACAAUCAUCAACCAGUGUAUUCAGCAAGUUUUUGCUAAAUUCCUCCAACUUGAAACCUUGCAUUUGGAUUAUAAUUUCUCUUCAUACGAACCAUACCGCAUAAGUAUUAUAAUUUCAAGACAUCAGCUUAAGAGCUUAGGUUUAUCAGUUUCCGGUGAUCCAGAGGCGAUUGAGAUUAAUGCUCCAAAUCUUAAAUCAUAUAGAUUCUCCAGUAAAACUGUCCCCUCUUCAUUACUUAUGAAUGCUUCAAGUCUACAAGAGGCUAUCUUUGAACUGCAUAUGGAAGAUAUUUUUGACAUAGACACAGAAUGGUUUCUUAAUUUGCUGAAAUAUCUUAUGAUGUUCAAGAACCAUAAAUUCCUGUGCCUGACAAUUUUCUCUAAUGCGAGCGUCACAUUUAAUCCAUUGGAGUGGAGGGGACGAUAUGGUUCUGAACUACCAGUAAUUGAAAAUCUAAUAUUACGUAUGACUUCAAGCAAGGAAAAUUAUGAAGCUCUAUUGAAUGGAUUACUAUGGUGUUGUCAUCCAAAAACUCUAUCUGUGCCAUUGGAAAAUGAACGAAACAGAGAACUAUUAAAGUUCCUUUACAAGGCUUUUACAAAAGAAGAGGAUAGUUUCCGGCGAUCAUCUCACUGCAACUGGCGGCAUCACUUAAAAGAUGUAAAGAUCGUAGGCUUAGAAGUUGUUGAUGAAAAAGGUUUGGAGUCAUUGUUAACUUUUGAAGGGUACAAAUUAGUCACAUUUGAAUUAACAUGGGGAGCGGAAGAUAAAGGUUUGGAGUCAUUGUUAACUUUUGAAGGGUACAAUUAACAAGUUUCAUAUCUACUAUUUCCAAUAAAGCAGCAUGGUUUAUUAGUUUACAUUAGCCAUACACCUUGAGCUCUCUCUGCCAUGCGUGGAAAACAGGUUUUA